CUUUCCAAAGUGAUCAAUCUUAACGUUGGGGGUCAGAUCUACACGACAACACUGGACACUCUGACGCAGUUCCCCGGCUCCAAGUUGUCCCAGAUGUUCACUGGUCCCACCAGACUGCCCGUGGACUCCAGAGGCAGGCUCUUCAUUGACAGGAAAGGCAUCUUCUUCAAGUACAUCCUGGAGUUCCUGCGCACCCGGGAGCCACCCAGCCAUUUUGUGGAGGAGAUCUACCAGGAAGCCUUGUUCUACGGCGUCGAGCCCCUGGUCAAGGUGAUCGAGGACCUGCCCAAGACCUACGGCGAGGCGGUCGGCAGGCAGAGUUUCCUGGCGCAGGUGGCCAACUAUGAGGAGAACAUCGAACUCAUCGUCCGUCUGGCCAGGGCCAACGCCGUGUCCGCCCGCCGGUCCACCGUGGUGGUUUGUGUCGUCAAGAGCAAGGAGGACGAUGCAGAGCGCCUGAAAGCCGUGGGCGAUCUUGGCGCCGACAUGGAGCCCGUGGUGAAAUUUGGUCCGUGGGACCCUUCCCCCACCGUUUCCGAUAUGCUGUUCUGCAUCAAAAUGGACAUUGAGAAGAAGGGCUAUAAGGUUUCUUACCAACCUUACAAGAUAGCGCGCAGGCCUCUUUCCAAGCCUUGCAACAUCUUCUACGCGUUAAUUUUCACUUGGUGGUAACACC